AUGGCAUUCCAGUUUCCACGCGGUGCCGAGCUUCUCUUUGUCACUCAGUAUCUGCAGCAGUUCGAUGACACUGUCAAGUUCAAGCUGAGACGUGAAGGCCAACGCACCAUGCUGGAGGUUUCCACCGUCAACAUCCCUCCAUUCAGCUACACCACGGUAGCCUUUGCCGAUGAGUCUGAGAGACCGCAAAAGAUUGCCGCAGCGGAGCCGCAAACGACGUCGUGGGCCGUAAACGCUGCCUUUUUCACUAAUGUUCUCACUUGCUUUAACGGUCUUUCUCCCAUAGUUCUCGAGGUCGCAGAUGAUCUCACAUGCGUUCUUCUCUAUCAGAAAAAGGAAGAUAACACUGGCGUGCACGUAGCGCAGGUUGGGGCGCUCCACGACCUCGGACCGAGGCUCCUGGUCGAUCACGAUGUGAGGGUUCUAUACACCAUUGCCGACAUUCAAAACUUUAGCGGGAUUGUCCGCUCUGUCUGUGCUUGGGGCGACGAGCGAUGUGACGUGUUUCUUCGACGCGUUUCGUCGACGAAGUGCCAGCUGGUUAUGAGAACGAGCACGGUCACUUCGUCACUGCAGCUCUCGUUGGGUGAGGACAAUGGUGUAUUCAAGCACCUGGAAGGAUCGGCACGCUGCACCGAUUUGCAGGAGUACGCGCGCCUCUGCACACGAAUGGCGAAGCUAGCGGAUAAGACUUCGCUCAUGCUGGGGUUUGGUUCUGACGGGAUUUCCCUCUUUCGAUUUGAGUGGUUUACUGAGCGGGGCAGCCGCACUGCUAAUUUGUUCUUCUGCGCCUCCUAG